GAGAUGAGAGAUUAUUGCAUAAUCUUCUGGGCACGAGAGUGAAAGCGUGGUGAGAGGAAGAUCAAGAUGGCGGCGCACUGCUAAAUAUUUUUCUCAGACAUGUUCUGAAAUUUCCUUACCGUUCACAAUAACAUUACAUCUAAUUGCGUACAACUGUAAGCUCGGUGUCUAGACCUCAUUCGCCAGAAUGAACCACAGGAGUCGGAAACGGAUCCGGGAAGCUAAGAAGGCGGCAAGACCCGAGCUUCGCGGCAGCCGAGAGUGGUCGUCGGAAAACCUCUGUGAGACGUUCGACCUUUCUCACGAGACGGUCAACGACAAUGUCGAGCGGAUAGACGUCCGAUCUCUGACCGCAGAGGAGUUUGUGGAGCGCUUCGAGAGGCCGUACAAACCUGUGGUGUUGACGCACGCUCAGGACGACUGGCGAGGCAAGGAAAAGUGGACGCUUGACCGUCUGAAACGAAAAUAUCGCAACCAGAAGUUCAAAUGCGGAGAAGACAACGACGGCUACUCCGUCAAGAUGAAGAUGAAAUACUACGUAGAAUACUGUGAGACUAACAAGGACGAUAGCCCACUGUAUAUAUUUGACAGCAGCUUUGGGGAGCAUACCAAGAAAAAGAAACUAUUGACAGACUACGAAGUCCCUACGUUCUUCAGUGACGACUUGUUCAAAUACGCAGGUGAACCCAAACGACCUCCCUACAGGUGGAUGGUGAUUGGUCCAGCUCGCUCGGGUACUGGCAUCCACAUCGACCCGCUGGGUACGAGCGCGUGGAACGCCCUCGUGGUCGGACACAAGAGAUGGUGCUUGUUUCCCACUAGUGCACCUCGCGAACUUGUCAAGGUGUCAUCCCAAGAGGGUGGGAAGCAGCAAGAUGAAGCCAUCACAUGGUUCAGGCGAGUCUACCCCCGUACACAACAACCCACAUGGCCACAACAGUACAGACCACUGGAGAUCCUCCAGGGCCCAGGAGACACAGUGUUUGUACCAGGUGGCUGGUGGCAUGUUGUACUUAACCUGGACACGACCAUCGCCAUCACACAGAACUUCUGUAGCCCCGUCAACUUCCCCAUCGUCUGGCACAAAACGGUCCGAGGCAGGCCCAAACUCAGCAAGAAAUGGUACAGAGCUCUGAAACAGCAUCGUCCAGAGUUGGCGGAUGUUGCGGAUGCUGUUGAUCUGAAGAAGGAAACUGGAUUCGCGUCCGACAGCUCAUCAAGCGACAGCAGCUCUUCAAGCUCGGACUCUGUGUCGUCGUCAUCUUCCGACAGCGACUCGGAAGAAGAGCGCGGGAACAGCAGGAAGAGACAGAGACGCAUUUCCAGGUCGCCUGUUAGCCGUCGGCGCUGUGGUUGCGGAGAGGACACGGCUCGUGACGUGUGCGAGAACAAGGAACACCACAGCCACUCCGGCAGCCCCAGGAGAUGACACAAAUAAACAAACAAACAAA